UUGUUGGUCAAGGCUGUGCUGGACAAGAGCGAAGGCAAGGGACUAGGUGUGUUUGCAGACCAGUUCAUCCCAGCUAACACCAAGAUUGCAGAAAUAUCCGGAGAAUCCAAAUACUUCAACGAAGAGGAAGCUCUUGCCUAUCUUGAGUCUUUGCCUUCUGACGAAGAGAGGGUCUACUGGCUGGCACAUGUGUAUGCUUACAAGGACAAGAUUGCUCUCGAUCCCUAUGAUCUGCUAAUGUUCAAUCACUCUUUUUCGCCUAACACGAUGACUGUAGUCAAAGACUACAAUGAUGCCUACACCAAUGGGCUCCGCGACAUCUUGAAGGGAGAAGAGCUCACAGACGACUAUAACACAUACCCUCACCUUCCCUUCCUGGACAAGUUGAUGGAACAGCAUGGCAUUGUUGAGGACUACUGUAAUAAAAAGUAAAUGAAAGGUC